GCCGCUACUCUGAAGGUAAAAGUGUUUUUUUGUCCCCAAAAAUUGUGAAUUGUAAAAUUUAUCGUGAAAUCAAGAUUAUUCUAAGAGUAAAAUGAAUUAGAAACAAAGGCAGCCUUUCUAUUAUUGUAUUAUGUUAUAAUUUUUCACUCAUCAUAGAGGGACGUCGCCACAAAUGAAAGAUGGCACAAAGCUCGCACGGCGGCAGCCACAGGCGCAGCAGGGACCACGACGGCGCGCGGUACACCAACAACGACUGGGAGGCCAAGGAGGCUCUGUACCAGCGCGAGCUGGAUGAGGCCCGCGCCCGCGCCACGCAGAUGGAGAAGACCAUGCGCUGGUGGUCCGACUGCACGGCCAAUUGGCGCGAAAAGUGGAGCAAGGUACGUAACGAACGCAACAAGGCGCGCGACGAAGCCAAACAACUCAAAAACAAACUCGACAUCGUCACUAAAGAAUUCAACACAAUCAAAACUGAAAAGAACGACCUUGAACACCAACUAGUUGAACUCAAAAGGGACAAUGAAAAGCUGCUCAGCAUAGGAGAAACCAGGGUAGUCACGGCAGAUCUCAAUACAGACGACGGCGUGGAACUGAGAAGGCGGAACGUCGGGUAUGUUUCGCCGAAUGAGCCGUCAAUACGCCAGCGGGCCUCGCUUGACUCACACAAGUUCUCCAAUGUUGACAACGUGCUAGCGAACAAAUUGAGCGAGAUGAGGCUGCGUCUAGACGAAACUUGCAAGAGUCUGCAAAGCGAAAAAGACCAAAAAGCGUUCCUACUCGCCAAAAUAGAAACGUUGACCGCUGAACUCCACAAUACUAAAAUGGAAGCAACGCACAGCGAUAGAACUAUAGGAUCCACCGAUUCUAGUCACAGUGAAGUAGAAAGACUGCAGAACGAGCUACAAGACGAAGUAGCAGCCAAACAGGUGUUAGAGGAGAAAAUUGCCGAGUACAAAAUGGAAGUGGAGAGGCUCAAAUCUGAGAACACGAUACAGUGGAGCAAAAGAGAGUUACUAGAGACGGAAAACAUAGCAAUACUUAGAGAGAAUAAGAAGCUGUAUAGUCAAGUGUGCGAGCUACGAGAGCAAAUACACAAGUUGAAUAGGAUAUCUGAUGGAAGCGCGUACGUUAUGAAUGAUAGGCUGGACUCCAACGUUCUUUACGUUAGAAAAACCAGUGUCAGUCCGAGAUCUCAAGAGUCGAGUAACGCGUCAUCGGAAGGGAACGUGGUGAUGGAAAAAGUGACGACUUCAGAAGAAGAUGACUUAGCCAUAGUCGAAAAGAGCGAGAGUUCUUAGGUUCUUACCUUUCUUUUUAAAAAUUGGUCUCUCAAAUAUAGUCAACGAUAAUUUUCGAAAGCGAGCGACUUUUGACAUUGACGAACGGAUGUCAAAUGUUGUCGAUUCAAACUUCGAUCAACACUGGUAGGAAAUAAAAAUACCAAUGAGUUUGCAGUCGCAUGAUGUGUUAACUUUUAAAUUUAGAAAAGACCCUGAGAAUAACGUUCUCCGUAAACGGAAAACUACUAAAAUAUUAGUCGCUACAUGAUAUUAAAAGAAAUGUCAAAAAUAUUGAUUGAUUGUAAUCAUUGCAUUACAAAAAAAAAUACCAAGGCUAAAGAUUAAAAAAAAGUUGAUACGGCACUUUUUUUUUAGUAGCUAUAGUUUGACGAAAUUCGACGAUACAAACAUAAUAUAAAUGUAAAAAAUAAAUGAAAUCAUUGACUAAGCAAGGUUUAAAAUUGAGCAAUAAUAUUGAAUAUCAUUCUAAUAUGAAAUCUGCAUUCCAUAGCAAAAUUCCAAAGCUGCAUUUCGGUUUUUUUGACAUAAUUUUAUUUCAUUGGUGAUUGGGAAAAUGAGUUAGUACAAUUGGGUAUUUGACUGGGACAAAGAUACAUUAUAAAAUGCCAAUCUAGAAAUAGAAGCCAGUCUAAGAUGACCAGAAAGCAAUCUCAUUUUACUUAUCGACAUAUUUUCGAAUUU